CCUGACAUUUCGGACAUGCCUUUUUCUUGCAGGUUGGACAUUGGAGCAGAUAAGUCCAACUCUCAUCGCACUCUGGACAUGAAGCGCGUCCCUGUACUUUUGGCCACCAGCCGUCGUGGCGACAUGGUGAUGUUUCAGCCUCGCCAGCGCUCUCCUUCCGCGUAUAGUGAUAUGUAUACUGGUGUUGCUGUCUCCGGGUUUCGUUUCGUUCUCGUGCAGCUGCUUUCUGCUCCUCCUGCAUCUUCCUCUGAGCUUCUUUUAAAGCUUCAUCCCUCUCCUCCUGCUGCUUCCGUCUUGCUUCAGCCGCUGCACGCGCUUGUUUUGCCCGCUGUUCCUGCUGCUCUUUCCAAAUCUUUUCUGCACGCUGCCGUUCUCGCCUCUCUGCCUCCCAUCUCUCCUGAGUUUGUCGAGCUCGUAUCCUAUCCUGAAUUAUUCGAAUCUUCCCAUCAUCAGCCUGAUCCGCAGCCUCUCUUUCCGCCUUUGCCUUCUGGAAUACGCUUUCUUGCGUCUUCAGAUCCGCCUGGUUUGAUUCUAGUCGGCGCUCCUUCAUAUCCUUCUCGAUCCUUCUCGAUCCUUCUCUGCCGAUCUCUAUCCUUGCGUUCUUUCUCUUCCUCGGUUUCGACUGCUGUCUUGUAUAUGGGCGAUAGCAACCAUGCUCUCCAACUCGUCUUCCAGGCCUCUUCCGAAGCUUCAGCAGCUAUAAUACUACCCAAGUUUGCAAUUUCCUGCUCUAGCUUCCGAAUACGUCGUUGCAACUCGAAGACGGAAGAAUCGUGGGCAUUCUUUCUGGUGAACCAUCGCGAAUUACGUUCUUGCUUUGACUUUUGGAUGGCGGCGAUUUGCGCUGCAUCAGCUUGUGCGGCUGACUGUUGUGUCGAAGUAGGUGGCGGGCCGGGAGUUUGUUUGCUGGAAGAAGAGGGUCGUCCCCGUGUUAUGGAUGGGUAUAAGAUAUCGUAG